GUCUUUAUUAAUCUGCGACUUUCCCCAGAUGACGCAAAGAAUGUGAUUCCGUCCUCCCUCUCUCCCUCUCUCUCUCUCUCUCUCUCUCUCUCUGGAUCCUCAGUGAGUCUCUCCCGAUGCUGCGGUCUCUAUGGGCGAGAGACAGCAACAGACCACAGACAGGAUGACGAAUCAUCAGCUGGAGAAACAGAUGGGCGGAGCCAGUCUGGUUGAUGAUGAAGGGAAGGCGGUGCCUGAAGAAGGCCUUUUACAACAACACUGCGGCUGGUUUGCACGCAACCUUCUGCUCGCCCUCACCGUUAUGGGUGUGAUAGGAGGCUCAGUGCUGGGUCUGCUCUUGCGUUAUAUUCCUGAGUUGGACUCAGACAUGCUGAUGCUGGUUUCCUUCCCUGGAGACAUUCUUAUGAGGAUGCUGAAGAUGCUCAUCCUCCCCCUCAUCAUCUCCAGUCUCAUCACAGGUCUGGCAGGUCUGGAUGCUCGCUCCAGUGGGAGGAUGGGUACUAGGGCCAUGGUGUACUACAUGUCCACCACCAUCAUCGCGGCCGUACUGGGCGUCAUCCUGGUGCUCGGGAUUCAUCCAGGAAACCCCAAACUCAGGAGCACUCAGACCAGCACCGGACCCAACAACCAGGAGGUCAGCAGCCUGGACGCUUUUCUGGACCUGAUCCGUAACCUGUUCCCUGAGAACCUGGUCCAGGCCUGCUUUCAGCAGGUACAGACGGUGGUAAAGAAAGUCUCGGUUCCCUUCGGCAACCAGAGCGAACCUGUUUCUGUCAACAGGAAGAAGCUGGAGUUCAAGUGGGGGAUGAACGUUCUGGGUUUGAUCGGAUUCUUCAUCACGUUCGGGAUCUGCAUGGGCAAAAUGGGUGAGAAGGGAAAGAUCAUGUCCGAGUUCUUCAACAUCCUCAACGAGAUCAUCAUGAAGAUGGUGUCCAUGAUCAUGUGGUACUCUCCGGUCGGCAUCGCCUCUCUGAUCUGUGGGAAGAUCGCCGCUAUCGGUGACCUGGAGGCAGUGGCCCAGCAGCUCGGCAUGUACAUGGUGACGGUGAUUGUUGGUCUCAUCAUCCAUGGCGGAAUCAUCCUGCCCAUCAUAUUCUUCUCCGUGACUCGGAAAAACCCUUUCACCUUUUAUUCCGGGAUCUUCCAGGCCUGGAUCACGGCACUCGGAACAGCCAGCAGCGCCGGGACAUUGCCCGUCACCUUCCGCUGUCUGGAGGAGAAUCUGAAGAUCGACAAGCGGGUCACUCGGUUCGUGUUGCCCAUCGGCGCCACCAUCAACAUGGACGGCACGGCGCUUUACGAGGCCGUGGCUGCUAUUUUCAUCGCCCAGAUGAACGGCAUCGAGCUGGACGGAGGGCAGAUCGCCACUGUGAGUAUGACAGCCACUCUGGCGAGUGUAGGAGCUGCCAGUAUUCCCAGUGCUGGUCUGGUCACCAUGCUGCUCAUCCUCACCGCUGUGGGUCUCCCGACACAGGACAUCAGCCUGCUGGUGGCCGUUGACUGGCUGCUUGACAGAAUGCGAACCUCUAUCAACGUGGUGGGCGAUUCUUUCGGAGCAGGCAUCGUGGACUUCCUGUCUCGGGCGGAGCUUUCUCAGAUAGAUGGAGACAUUCCCCUAUCAGACGAAGAGUUUGUCCCUCCUCCCCCUCUCCUCACCGAUAUCGACCUGAUCGACCCUAUUUGCCCUCCAGAACUGCCCCCUCGUUUCCCCCGGCCCCUGAAACUCAACCACCACCAGCAGCAGCACCAGCAGCAUCAUCAGCCGCAUCAGCAGCAGCAGCAUCACUUCCACCCUGCUGCGUCUCUGAGCCACUCUCGCUCUCACUCCACUCGCUCUGCUCGCUCUCUGUCCCCUCGCUCCGUCCAGUCGCCCUCGCCUCUAUCCGUGUGCUCUCACUCUCCCCAUCCUCACCGCACACACUCGCCCCGCCUCCUGAACCGCCGCUCCGAACAUGCCUACUGUGCUCUGCCCUCGCAUGACCCCCAGGCAUCCACGCUGCCGCGGGAUUACAGGGAGCGACACCGAGAGCGAGAGCGAGGCAGCGAGAAGCUGCGCAGACGAGAGAGAGGCCGAGAGAGUGAGACGGAGGAAGACGAAGAGAGAGAAAGGAUGAUGGACGAGGGCAGCGAGGGAGAAGAAAGCGACGACACCGCCUACGACCGCAGUCACGCCAUCCCGCCCUGCGAGCUGCCCUGAGGGCGGGACUCGCCCUGCCACACCCACCAUCCGCCCACCUCUACACCACCUCUACACCAUCAUGAACUUAUAAUUCAUUCACAUGAAGGUUCACUCACUUAGUUUUUUUCAGAAUCCUUGUGUCCCGCCCUUCAUUCCUAAUUUUGUGUAAAAAGUCAUUCACUUACGAUUUACGAUCAGCUUCCAACUGGGAUUUUAGAUUAAAGUAAAUCAAGACACUUUCAAUCAGGACAAAAGUAAUGGCACCCUAUAAAAGGAGGAGGAGGAGUUAGUGCGUGUCUCUGGUAGCUGGUAUGCCGCAGUAGCCGAGCUGCAUUAGUGGAUUUGUGGGCGUGGCUAUAAAUAUAAACAUCCUUGCUGUUUAUUAAUAUACACGUGGGUCGAAAGAACAUUUUGUAAAUGUGUUGGGAUUUUCAAAGACAACAUUCACACACACAUUUAAAUGAUUAGUGUUAAUUAUAAUUAUUAAAUAUUUAUUCUAAUAUUUAUUUUAAUGAUUUAUAACCUUCGAAAGCAGUUAAUCCAUGCGUGAAGCUAUUUAAUAAUUUUUUUAUCAUAUUUUAUUUUCCUUCAUCUGUAAAUUCAGUACUUUAGAUUAGCGCACAGUUAAAUAUUUAGAUUAUUGCGCCUUCUUUCUUUAUUUCAUUCUGUUUCUUUUGAUUUGUUGAUCAAUUAGGUGAAUAUCUAUCUAUCUAUCUAUCUAUCUAUCUAUCUAUCUAUCUAUUAGAUUGCAGUAUUUUGGUGUAUGCUCAUGUUUUCGGUGUGCGUUUAUUCUCAGUGUGUCAGUAGUUGAGAGUGAUGAGCAUCUGUCUCUCUCUCUCUCUCUUUCUCUCUGUCUCCCUCUCUCUUUCUCCCACUCACGCUCUUUCUCCCCCCCUCUCUGUCUCUUUCUCCCACUUAAGCUCUCUCUCUCUCUCUCUCUCUCUCUCUCUCUCUCUCUCUUUGUUCCACGUCCCUUUUCAGAUCUAGUGUAACGUAUGAAGUAAUAAACUUUCAGCGAAUCCUUUCAUUUCCUCUUCAUCUGCAAGUGGCUGUCUGUUUUUCUGAUCGUCUGAGUUCAUGUGGAGAUGUUCUGCUUGUGAUUUCUGCUUCGUUUUAAGACUGAAGUGUUGUUAAUAAUAAGUGAAGUCUUUAAUAAUAAUAAUAAUAAUAAUAAUAAUAAUAAUAAUAAUAAUAAUAAUAAUAAUAAUAAUAACUCCUGGAUGAAGGAAAGACUGAACUCUGAGAAACCAUCAGACUUAAUCUGCUUUAGGACAGAAAGACAUCUGAAGAAAGAGAAGAGGGAGAGAUGAAGAGAAAGAGACAGAUGGUGUAAAGACACCGGUCUCACAGCCGUUAGAGAUCAGACGACGUCAGAGAGGACAGAAGAGGACAGAAGCUUAAGGAAGAUGUCGACUGAGGACUCACGUGACUUCAGUGGUCACUUUAACAUGAUGGAUGGAAAAGUAGCCUGGAUUUUGAUGGGUCAUGGUCACGGUUGCCGUUGGUUACCAGCCUUUCAGCUGUAGACCUCUUUGGUGUCUGUAAACAAAAAGAAAUAAUCUGUGGAGAAUUUAUUUAGGAAUCAGAUUGAUGUGAGCUGUUUGCUCCUGCUUUAAGCGUGUCCAUGUUGAUGAUUGAGUGUGUCCGUCAUGUUCCACUCCACAGUGGAGGUUAAUAUACACUUUUCUAUAUAGUUACACCACCACAAUAAAUAAAUAAAUAAACACCUCCAAUGAUAAUGUUUG